CGUAAGUAUUCCGCUUUAAAUCACGUACUUUUGUUUUCAAUAAUUAACUUUGUUACUCUGUCAUCUAUAUUUUCUCUCAGUAAGUCUGUUCUGCGCUGGAUUCGUGUAAAUUAUUAAAGUAAUCAUUCGACCAUUGCAUGCUGCCGAAAAUGUCACCUAGUAUAGCGGACAUGGAUGCUUCCGGUGAAGUGAAGAGAUUGGAUUGCGAAUACAAAGAUUUGUCAGCGCCUUUUCGGCUCCAAGAAAGAGAUUAUUAUCGCCAGUUCUUUAAUCUGUAUGCUGUUCGUUUAAAUAAAAUGAGGGAAUGGCUCCUAGCUUGUGUUGAAAAAAAAUGGGGAAAGAAGUAUGCAGUGAAGCGACUUACUGAUCUGAAAGAAGGCGAUGAUAGUUGCAUUUGUGUAGGCACUCUAUUUAAACAUCAGGAACUAAAACCGAGUAUCCUCAAAGAAAUUAGUGAAGAUAACCAAUUGAUGCCUCUACCAAAGCGGACUCACUUUGUAUCGGAUGAAGACAAAUUAAUUUUGGAAGAUGAAUUACAACGAAUGCCCCUUAUAGGGAGUCUAAAUGUUCACGAACUUGUAACAGGUUGCGUCGUGGCUGUUCUUGGCAAGCCGUCUACCGGUGGCAAGUUUCAAGUGGAGGAUGUAUGCUGGCCCUCUCCCACAAAUCCUAUUUAUUCAACUCCUCGCGUUCAAAAUGAUAGAUUGUUAGUUUUAGUCAGUGGUUUUGAUCUGGUAGGUUCAUCAGACUCGGUCUUUCCGAUUGAAUUGUUUAUAGACUGGGCCACUGGUCUAAUUGGGAACCCUGCUGAUCAAAGUAGAAUUGUUCGAGUGAUUGUAGCAGGAAAUUCUUUUCGUUCACAGUCAGAACCUGAAGCAGACAUUUUUGCAAAAUUUGGAAACACAACUCAAAAAGAUAAUAUUAAUGCGAAUCUUCUUGCCGCUCGACAAUUAGAUGAUAUAUUAAACCAAUUAUCGACCAGUGUUGAUGUUGAAUUAAUGCCCGGAGCUUUUGAUCCUACAAAUAAUUCUCUACCUCAGCAGCCGUUACAUUUUUGCAUGUUCCCUAAGGCUUCAAAAAACAUUACUUUUCAUGGAGCAACAAAUCCACAUAUGUUUGAAUUAGGCAGUCGACUUGUUGUUGGGACAUCUGGUCAGUCAGUUGCAGAUAUUACAGCCUUCAGCAAGAUUGAAGAUCCUCUUGUAGCCCUUGAAAAAACUCUGGAGUGGGGUCAUCUUAUGCCAACUGCCCCAGACACCCUAGCAUGUUAUCCUUUUUACAAAGAAGACCCAUUCAUAAUGAACAACAAGCCUGAUAUUUACUUUGUCGGAAAUCAAGAUUCAUUCCAAACGAAAUUAGUCAAUUCAUCAGAUGAAGAUUCCCCUACCAGACUUGUUUGCGUUCCCAAAUUUGCCACAACUUUUACAUGUGCGGUCGUUAAUUUAGCAACUUUGGAUUGUUACCCAGUGUCGUUCAAUGUUAAAAAAGUUACCACCGGAUAAUAAGGACCUUCUUAUUGUGUUUUACAAUCAUGAAAAAAAAUAUUUUAUCGUACUAAUCCCAUAAGGAUUUUUCUCCGAUUAAUGUAAAGUUUUAGAGUAUAAAAUUUACCAGCUCCAUUUUAUUAUGUCAAUUUUACUUUUAAUUUCUCUUAUUGCAAUAUUCAAUAAAAAUGUUCACAAGCAUCAAUUUUUUUUCCACGAAAAAUUUCAUAUAAGACAGUGACUUAAAUAAAUUAAGGAUUCGUUUUUAAA